GCAGCGCUGUUGACAUGUAUCCGUGACGUCACUUCCGCCAUACCCCCACGUGAUCUACUCGGAGUUGGAAACUGCGCAUCGCGAAGUGUAACCAGGGAUGGCGUCUCCGCGAGUGGAGGCGCUGCGGUGGGGGGAGCUGCGUGUCUCUGGCGCCAGCUGCGUCUACAAGGACUGCAAGCUGUGGCCUGGCGGGAGCCGGGCCUGGGACUGGCGAGAGACCGGCACAGACCACCGGCCCGGCGUGCAGCCGGCCGACCUGCAGGAGGUGCUGGAUGCCGGCAUCGAGACCCUCGUCAUCGGUUGCGGUAUGAACCAAGCCCUGCAGGUGCCCCGCGCCACCCAGGAGUUUGUCCGCGCCCACGGGGUCAGGCUGCUCGUGCUGCCCACGGAGCGAGCCGUGGACGAGUACAACCGCCUCAUCGUCGGCGGUGCCACCGCUGCCGCCACGGGUGGGCGCGGGGGGGGCUCCCCCCGGGUGGGGGGGGUCUUCCACUCCACCUGCUAGAGCCCCCCCCCCCCUCGCCCUCUCACAACACGGCGCCACGUGUUUUUCAGGCGAGGCUUGGUGGCGCUACGGUUUGCACGCCGCAUGGCACGCAUGUCGCUUGCGUGCGGUUAGCGUGUAGCUUGGCAUGAUGUCCGACAUUUUGCUCCGCUCGCUGGGGAGCUGAUUCAGGUGCAAGGUCACUGGGUGCCUCACGGGUUGUUGUUCCAGACCCACAGACUCACACAGAGACGUGUAGACUCACUCAGAGACCCAUAGACUCACACAGAGACCUACAGACUCACCCAGAGACGUGUAGACUCAUUCAGAGACCCAUAGACUCACACAGAGAC